AUGACCGUGAUUCAAAAACCAAAGGUCAUGUCCUUUGAAACACGACUUUUCAUCAAUGGAAAGGUUGAGUCAUCCGAUGGACGCAGAUUUGAUCUGGUAUCUCCGACUACAAACCAAAAGUUCGCAGAGGUGUCUGAAGCAAGUGAAAAUGAUACCAACGCAGCAGUUGCUGCCGCCAAGGCUGCCUUUCCAGCAUGGUCUUCCCUUUCUCCAUCUGAAAGAGGCGUCUAUUUCAAAAGACUUGCCAAGCUAAUACUUGAGUCCCACAAUGAGCUUGCUGAGUUAGAGGCCUUAUCAAUGGGUCGGCCAGUACCCGGGUACUUCGAGUCAUUUGCAGCUGCAGAGAAUUUAGAACACUAUGCGGAGGCAGGUUUCCAGGCACUUGGAACAUCAAGCCUCAAUACUCCCGGAUAUGUCAACAUGACUAUGCGCCAGCCUUAUGGCGUUGUUGCUGCUAUCAUUCCAUGGAAUGUUCCCAUUCUAUUUCUGAUUAGCAAGUCGGCACCUGCCCUCAUAGCCGGCAACACCGUGGUUGCUAAAAGUAGCGAGAAAGCACCAUUGACAUCUGCCAAGGUGGCUAGUCUUAUAGAUCAGGCAGGAUUCCCUCCAGGUGUCUUUAACAUACUAUCAGGCCACGGGGAAAUCUCUGGGAAUAUUCUGUCUCAUCAUAUGGAUGUUGGAGUGCUGAGCUUUACUGGAUCUGGGAGAACCGGGCGUCUUAUUCAACAAGCUGCUGCUAAGUCUAAUUUAAAGAAGGUUAUUCUAGAGCUCGGAGGCAAGUCCCCCGCUAUUAUCUUUCCAGAUGCCGACAUUCAACAAGCGGUGGAAGAAACCAAGUACAGCAUUCAAUGGAACAGCGGACAGGUAUGUAUGGCAAACUCCAGAAUAUAUGUGCACGAGUCUGUGGCAUCGGAGUUCAUCGAAAGGUUCCGAAAAAGCUUUUCGGACAUCAGAAGUGGCGAUCCAUUGCUACCUGAGACAAAUCAUGGACCUCAGGCGGAUGAGGUUCAGUUCAAGCAGGUUCAAACCUACAUUGAGGAAGGGAGAAAAGUGGGAAAAUUGGUUCUGGGAGGGACUGAAAACGACCCCCAGGAGGGCCUCUUUGUUCAUCCCACUGUCUUUCUCGAAACGCCUGAAGAUGCCAGGGUAAUGAAAGAAGAGAUAUUUGGGCCUGUGGUGCACAUUAACACAUUUCGUGACGAAAAUGACGCCCUAGGAAAGGCAAACAAUUCCGAGUUUGGUCUCUAUGCCGCUGUUUAUACCAAAGAUAUCAGUCGGGCUCUCCGAAUUGCGCAGAAACUGGAUUCGGGAACGGUUGGGGUGAAUUGCACCAGCCCAAGCGGAGCUAGGGAUAUGCCAUUCGGAGGAUAUAAAGCCAGUGGCCUUGGACGCGAGGGCUGGACUGUCAGUCUCGACAACUAUCUCGAAGUCAAGAGUGUCCUGAUCAAGGUCGAGGGGCUAUAA